UUUAAAUGUUAAUUGCAUUUGUAUUGUGUCAUUCCUACUGGUGAAUGCUUCAUCCGCUUGACUGGUGUUUCUGAGGAUAGCAAGCAGAUCAUCAUAUAUAAGGGACGUGGUGAUGUAGAACAGGGCACGAUGUAUGAUUAUCACGUAUAACCAGUAGUCAGUGCUGUACUGUCUGGCAGUGUGUGUAUACCUCACAACCGUGACUAGCUAGAAGCGAUUCGCUACCGUUUUGAUACGUUAGUACAUAUAUCUAUAACUGACAUAACAUAUGUACGUAGACUAUACAUGAUACCAGUACUAGGAGUAUCUACAGAAGACUUGGCGUUACAUUUGCCAGAAGCGAGUCCACCGCAGUUAGAAGUACUCCCGAGGAGACCCCGAACAUGUGCAUCACAUCCUGAUUAGUCUUGAUGGAUGGGUAGUCGUCCUGUCCAGCCGAUGAAUGAAUGGACGUCCUGGAAACGUCUAAGUCGGAUCUAUGUCAAAUAUUGACCAAUUUUCAUAGUGUUCUAUCUGGAUUAUAAACACCAUCACUGUCCAGGAUAUUGUUGGUGCUAUAAGGAGAGGUACAGAAGUGGUCAAUACGUUGUGUUUACAUUAGAAACAAACCUUCUGCUCUAUUUGCAUCUUACUACCAACCAGAUAAAACGUUUUUUCCUGUAUACUACCGUCUCAACACAUUUCUUCCUAAAUAUCACUAGAUAACACUUGGCGCUGGAAUUACAUUGUUAGUGUUGGGUUUCAGGGUCGGUAUCUGUACACAUGGAUUCUACCAGAGUUAGCCUCACAUCCUAGGACUAAACAGACCCAGUCAUGUGGAGUGUGCUAUGUUUACUGCCUUUACUAUUACCAGUGGUAGCCGGAAGUAGUGGUCCUUCCCUGGAUCAGAACCCGAUUACAGUUAACCUUAUAGCAGGUUUCACGGCCGUCCUACCUUGUACAGUCAAAAACAAGGAUCCAGCAACAAGGGUACUAUGGAUCGGUCCGUCAGGCAAUCUAUUGACGAUGAACGAAAUCACGAGAACGUCAGACAAAAGAAUAAGUCUGCGCAGUCCGUACGAGGACGAUUGGAACCUGCGAAUUGAGCAGGUCAAGUACAGCGAUCGGGGGGACUACAAGUGUAAACUGGCGACCAGCCCGGUACAGAUCAAGGUGGCAACGCUUAAUGUAUUACUAUCGCCAAAAAUUUUGACGGAGUACUCCAGCAGGGAUAUGGUAGUUCGGGAGGGUUCGGACCUUGACCUGGUGUGUAAUGCUACCGGUGUUCCGCUUCCAGACAUCACGUGGUACCGAAAACAAAAGGACACGCCGAAUGCUAAAACACAUUUGGGAACAGGAAACAAAGAUCAGCUGUUGAUAUCUAACAUCACACGUGACGAGGCGGGAAUCUACGAAUGUGUCGCGCGCAAUGACGUCGAACCAUCAGAUACGAUUUCUAUCAAAGUUGAUGUACAAUUUGCCCCAGAAAUUGAUAUCGGACUUGAAACACUAAGUCAGAAAGUUGGCAAAAGCACUGCCAUAGAAUGCAGAAUCACAGGGUUCCCAAUGGAGGUCGCCGUCUGGCGGUACAAUGGUGUUGAUAUCGAGGAGAGGACGUGGAAAUAUGAGCCGUUCGUGUACCAGAGAGAGGAAAAUAAGAUACUGUUAAGUCUAGAGAUAAGGGACCUGAGCCCCAGUGACUUUGGUGUUUACACGUGUUUUGCCAGUAACGUACUUGGGUCUGCUAAUAAGACAACACUUUUAACAGAAUUGAAGGUAACUACGCCGUUGGCGCUGGAAUCCAAGCCUACAACGACACCAGUUAAUUUUACUACCAGUACGACACGGGGGACUACUUCCACUGUUACACCGGACCCGAACCUAACCAGUACAACGUCGAGUAGUGGCGGUAUUGUGAUGCCAAAUACAGAUUCGCCAGACGGACCUGCCUACACCUUAAAUCCACCGGGAAAAGAAGACCAGAAUAACAGUUGCUCGACAUUCCGGUACCAGAGUUGGACGUUUCUGCUUCUUGUUAUUCCAUAUGUUACUUUUAUAUGACUAAAGUAAGAAUUCACAAAAUCUAC